UUUGCCAACCGCCAAUAAACAAAAGAAAAGAAAAUCGGCCUAGAAUAUCUAAACUUUUCAUUUUCCGCCUGUUUUAAUAACGUUACAUAAAAUAACUACAGAAUAGUCAAGUUUUAAAUCGGUAAAAUAUCAAAACUCUUUGGUCAUUUUUGAACGCGAUGCCACUGAUCUAGAUGGAUUCAAUGAUCUAUGCUAAGCUAUGCUAAAAGUGCUAUCGCCAGACCCGGAGAUCGGCCGAAUACAUUCCAAAACGGUAAAACUCAAUGUAUUAACUCUUGAGGAGCAGGGAAAUGAGCAUAUUUCGAAAAAUGUGGAAUGUUCCCUUUAUUUCAACAUAUAUUAUUAAUCUUAAAAUAUAAUAUACAUGAAAUAUAAACCCUUCACAUACUCCCAUACAGCAGGUGGCAGGUUUCCACAACUAUCACGCUUUAACAUUGAAUAUCUCGGUACACCGACACAGCUCAUGUGAUGGCAUAACACAAACACAAAACCCUGAUUUGACUAUCUACUCGUCCAUCUUUGAAAGCAUUUCGAUGUGACGACGAUUAUAACCACAUACUGACAUUUGCCAUAAUAGCGCGUGCACUGUAACAUAAACAGCAGAGAGGACUGCUGAGCGAGGUGACACUGUGGCCCCGAUGGCCAAGAACACGCUUUCUUCGCGCUUCAGAAAGGUUGACAUUGAUGAAUUCGACGAGAAUAAAUUCGUGGACGAUCACGACGAGGCAGCCGAUCAACAGGGACCCGAUGCGGCGGAGGUGGACAACCUUAUCAGGCAAGGGGACAUGAUGGCGGCCCUUCACGUUGCUCUAAGGAAUCCUCCAAUCAACAGCAAGAACCCUGCAGUAAAGGAAAGAGCUCAGACUGUGGUGUUAAGGGUGCUGACAUCAUUUAGAAGCAGUGAUAUAGAGUCAGGUGUUAAAUCGCUCGACAAGAAUGGAGUCGAUCUUCUCAUGAAGUACAUCUACAGGGGUUUUGAGAAGCCAACAGAUAAUAGCAGUGCCAUAUUGCUACAGUGGCAUGAAAAGGCAUUUGCCGUUGGAGGACUAGGUUCUAUUGUUAGAGUAAUGACUGCCAGGAAGACUGUAUGACUACACGACCAGACCUGACAACAAUGCAACUUAUAGACACCAAGGACUUAAGGCAAGCUUGCCACUCUAUCAGAGGAAAGAAAACAUAUUUUUUGAUGCUAUUGUGUCCUGAUGAAGAAAAUAAUAGAAACUUUAAACAGUAGAAACUUUAAACAGUAGAGAAACAGAAGCACUUGUUUCAAAUCUUGUGUUAAAGUUGACUUUAAUGUGCCAAUAUAUCUUAAAUUGUUCUAUGAUAUAUUGGAAUGAAAAAAUAGUCAUGGUUUUGUGUAAAAACAAUAAUUAAGAAUACAGAAUAUAUGGUGGAAACAAGAAACCAUCCCAGUGGACAUGCUUUGAGUUUUAUGGUGAUACAGGAUUCUGCACAUACCAUUAGGUGAGUUUAAGCCGGUUACCCAAGUUCAUCCAUGUUUAAGACUGAUCUGAUUUUAAGUGUUUUCCAAGCGGUUUUAAGACAUUUAUAUUUAAUUCUAUGUUUUAUUUUAUUUCACACCUUUGGUCCCGCGCUCUUUUGUUUGUGAAGAGAUUUAAUAGUAAAGCCAGUGAUGUACACCAAAGGAGUAGAGUGGGGAUCAUUGUAAAGUGCCUGCUACAAUAAAAUUAUUGGAUCUCCUUUG